GACUCCUGACAAAGGGACCAGAGCACUCAAGAUGGCGGCGUCCGCUCUGCGCUGCUUCUUCCGAACGCCGGUGCAACGGUUCCUCUCUCCCGAAGCGCGGAGGGGUUUCCAGGGCCGGGGCCUCUUUUCUGGCCGCUCCGCCUCUGGCUCCGAGUUCCGGAGCGAAUACAGCUUAGACAAACUUUAUCCUCCGCAACGAAAAGGAAGCGAGGGCACCAAGGAUGGAGCAAAGCAGACUGUCCCUGAUAUUCCUGUGGAUCGUGUGUCCAUAUCCUAUUGCCGGAGUGGUGGUCCAGGAGGUCAGAAUGUUAAUAAAGUGAAUACUAAGGCAGAAGUCCGAUUCCAUUUGGCAUCAGCAGACUGGAUUGCAGAAGAUGUACGGGAGAAAAUGGCAGUGAUGCAAAAGAAUAAGAUCAAUAAAUUGGGGGAGCUCAUAGUCACUUCUGAAAUGAGUCGCUAUCAGAUGAGGAAUUUGGCAGACUGCUUGCAAAAAAUCAGAGAUAUGAUUGUACAAGCCACAGCAACACCUGAAGUUCCAUCCAGAGAGACUUCAGAGAUGCUCAUAGCAAGGGUGGAGAAAAUGAACCGUGAACGUCUUCGACAGAAAAAAAAUCAUUCUUCUCUAAAGCAAAGCAGACGUGUGGACUUUGACUGAACGUAUGGGGAAGAGCAUGCUGGGAUGCAUUGCUGGGACUCUUUUCUUUCUUUGGAUUGCAAAAAGAAAACAAUUUUUUAUGCGUUCUCUAUGUAAUUAAAGUAAAACUGGCCCCAGAG